UAUCUACGUAACAUUUCUGUUUAUUAGUAUUUUUUUUCCGCUAUUGUUUUGUCAGUAUUUACCUAAUAGGGAUUAGUGAAUAGGAUAAUGGUCGGUACUCGGUAGAUGCUAAUGUUGUCCAAAAAAAUUGUGGUAUUCUAAUUUUGGGCGCGCGCCAUGGCUCUGGGACAUGCGGUUGUGGUUUGGGAAUGGGAGAAUCGCAAUGGCCGUUGGAAACCGCAUAGUCCGGAAGUGGCACAGUUAUUGGAAAGAGCGCAUUUCAAAAAGCUGACGAGAGUGAUACUUAGAGACGCUGACCCGAAAUUGGAAUCGUCGUUUGUCAACCUGCGCACAAUGUACCAGUGUUCAGACGAAAACGAAGGUGCACAUUCGGCAGUUCGAAGGUCUUAUUAUCCAGCUAAUUCUUUGCCUGGCAAAGGAGCAAGAUGGGAAUGGGCGGGUGACGUACCGGGCGAAUGGCAUACUUACGACAUGGAAUCGCAAUGUUUCCUAGAAACUGCAUAUGCAAUGGGUUGUCAGAUCAUAGAUGUGAGUAAAACGUACUUGGGCUUUCCAUAUACGAUAAAUUUUUGCAAUUUAACUCAAGUUAGAAAUGACAGCGGACACAAAAAAAACAUCAGACGAGUAAACCAAGCUCCUUAUCCAUUAGUCAAAAUACAAUCUGAUGAUGUUAUUCAAUUCAAUGAUAGAGCAGUUGUAGACACAAUACGAAAUCUUUCUCUUAAAGACAAACCUUUAAGAAAAUCCAGUUCGGAGUAUAUAGAUUCUUUUACAAAAAAACAGUUACAGUAUAAAAAAAAUAAACAAGUAGUUCCUGAUAAUCAUCAUAGCGGCACCAACAUUGCCCGUACUCUAUUAAGUAUAUUUGCCAACAAAAAUCCUACACUUUCUCGUGAUCCUCAGUGGCCUCUGGGAGCAGCAGCUAGUAAAAGCUGUAAUGUAUCCAUAAAAUCUGAUUCAUCUAUCAUUGACUUAGAUUCAAGUAGCACUCGAAGUGGUAGACGUCCUAGUGUAGAUACCGUUUCUACAUACUUAAGUCAUGACAGUCAUGAACUUCGAACUUCACGGUAUGACCUUUUGGAUUAUUCCGGAGGUAGUAUUGGAAGUGAUGAUGUAUUUGAAACUCAACAAAAAUCUGAUGAAAGUAGAAGUCAAUCUGUUAUUGGAGUGAAUUCAGUCAGCGAAAAAUUGUCACGUUACGUUCAAAUAGUUGAUGACUUUUGGCCGGGACUUGAUUCACUUUGUCCUUUUUGUCAUAACCCACUGGUUUCAUCAGCUAACACAAACAAGGGUCUUGUAAUAGCUCUAAGUCAAUGUCAACAUAGAAUGCACCUCGCAUGUCUCAAUUCAAUUCUUAACAAUCAACCACACUCUAAUCAGUUCAUGUACAUCCAAUGUCCAAUUUGCUUUAAAAUGUAUGGAGAAAAAAGAGGUAAUCAACCACCUGGUGCUAUGAAAUGGACUUAUUUAAAUCGUUCAUUGCCUGGGUACGGCAGUACUCGAACCAUUCAAAUUACUUACGAAAUAUCAUCCGGUAUUCAAGGUGAAGAACAUCCGCAUCCCGGCCGUCCAUUCUAUGCCCUUGGAUUCCCUAGAAUAUGUUAUUUACCAGACACCGAAAAAGGCAGACGAGUUUUAUCGCUAUUGAGUAAAGCUUUCGAAAGGCGUUUAGUAUUUACGGUAAGGCGUUCAUUAACAACUGGUAACGAAGAUGUAGUAGCGUGGAAUGGUAUUAUUCACAAAUCAGAUUUUGAAACAAGAUUGCCGCAUGGAUUUUUAGAUGAAUGUAUCGAUCAAUUGGCAGCUCAUGGUGUUAUUUAGGUAGGCUUAGUAAUUUUGUAAAUUAUUUGUUUACAUUUUUUUUUAACAUUAUUUUUAAGUAUAAAGAAAAGUAGCGGUGUACUACUCAAUACUUCACUAAUUAAAUUUUCACAAAUGUUAAACAACAAAAACUAAUCAAUUAUUUCAAGAAAAACUUUUACGUUUUUAAAAAUGCAAUUUAACAAGUUUAUUUUACAUUAGCAUAAUUAGUGCUAAUGUUAUUACAUACUCUAUAAUACUUUGAUCUCUUCCACACUAUGAUAUUUUACCAUAAAGACUUAAAUCAACUGACACAUUCCUGAACCUUUAUUAAGGUAAACUAUUGUAGCAUUGCAAAAUGUAAUAAAAAAAAUAAUAGUAAAUUAUAUAGAACAAUAAUAUAUUUAUAUAUUAUAUUAUAUUAAAUUAAUUGUAUACAACCAUAAUUUAUUUUUCUAAUUUUUCUUUAUUUUUAUUUAAACUAUAUCUACAAUAUUUACAUUGCCUCCGUAAAAUAAUUUUUAAACUAUGUCUUUAUAUAACACAAAUGAUUAUAUUUUUUUGAAAAUCUUAAAAUUAACACCUAUCAUUUUAUCAUUUACUUUACUUCUAAUUGAUCUCUGAAAAAACAACAAUUCAAAUGUUUAUUUUCAUGUGUAAAUAUCUUUUUAUAUUCAUAUAUUGUAAUUAUAAUUAUGGAAAAUAUUUAGAUUGAAUUAUUUGUUGUUAUCUUAUAAGAAAUUUAAAAUCAAAUUUUAUGUCUGUUGACGCGGGUAAAAUGGAUUGUUGCGUCAAGCUUGAAACAUUUAAUUUUUGUUUUCUAAUUUGUUUAAUAGAAAUUAAAUGUAUUACUAUUUUGUUUAGAUGUCUAUUGAGAAAAAAUUAUAAUUUAAAAAAAACAAACUACCAUUAAGGGUAAGAAACAGGUAUUUACUAUAAAAUAAUAAAAUACUUAAAUAGACCCAUUUACCACAAAAAUCAUGCUCUAUAGAAUAUAGUAUUUCGUUAGCAAUGUUACUGUUAUCAGUGCAUACAACAGACUGAACUCAGUCUAGAGUUUGCUCAGUCUGUUGUAUGCGCUGAUUAUGGUAACAUUGCUACCGAAAUAUUUAUCUAUAUUAGAGUAUUAUUUUUAUGGAUUUAUUUAAAUAUUUAAUUUUUUUUUUAAUAUAUAACUACAAGUGUUGCAAGUUUUUGUGGGUAUUUACUGUUGGUUUCUUAAAAUAAUUUUUAGUCUGAUUGGUCUGUUAAAUUUAUACAAUUUUCUUGCAACCCGGCAUUAGUGUUUCAAGUAAAACGAAACUUCCCAUUUAAUCUGAAUUGUUAACACUCGUACUUAUGUGUAGCGAAAAAUUGCCAUAUUUUAAUAUUUUAUUUUUUUAUUAAUAUAUUAUAUACAUUUUUAUUGUAAAACUUAGAAUUUUUUUUUUAUAUUGUUGAUUAUUGAU